CUUCAUUUUCUUUAUAAUCUUUAUUUUACGUUUGUGGGCACGGCUUUGUGCCGUGCCGUCUUUGUGAGUUGUUACUUGUAACACAUCCUGUGUGUCUCAGAGAGAGAAUUUUUGGUGAAGAAACUACUUCAACUUCUUCUUUUUUCAUCAGUGUGAGACUGAGAGAGGAGAGGACUGGGAAGGGAGAGACAGAAAUGGAGAAAGCUCUGACAAAAGUUGGGAGCUUUUGGAUUUCCAAGAAAGCCAAGGCAGAGAUCUCCAACAUCACUGAAGACCUCUCUUCUCUUUCUAAUACUGUUGAAGAGAAGGCAAAAUGGGUGUUCAGCAAGCUGAAAGGUAAGCCAUCAAAAGCCUUGCCAGAUCUUCUCCGAGAGUACAACCUUCCUCCUGGUCUCUUCCCUCGAAACAUAACAUGUUAUGAAUUUGAUGAAUCAAGGUCCAAGCUCAUAGUGUAUUUGCCCUCUGCAUGUGAGGUGAGCUUCAAAGACUCAUCCAUUGUAAGGUAUGCCACUCGUGUUAAAGGGACAUUAUCAAGGGGAAAGCUCACUGGAAUAGAUGGAAUGAAGACAAAGGUUCUGGUGUGGGUCAAGGUUACCAGUGUGGCUGUCGAAAGCUACAAAUCUGAUAAAGUAUGGUUCACAGCUGGUGUGAAGAAAUCAAGGCCCAAAGAUGCCUAUGAAAUGACUCGUGAUGCUGUUAAAGUAGAAGAAUUUUGAGGCUCCUACUGUUUGUGAAUUUAAUCAUUUGAUAAACUCAUUUUUAUUCAUAUGUUAAUAGCUGGAGAAACAUGAAGAUUAAGUGGCAAUUUAUGUGGAAUUCUUUGGUAUUGGUUUUGUGACAUUGUCAAUCUUUCGGUUGUGUU